AUGAAUCCUGCCCGCCCCUUCCGUGGCUGGGAAGAGCGCGGAGGUGUGGAGGUGCAAGGAGCAGCCAAGCUCAGGGAGGUCCAGGCCCUUGCCAUCACACUCGCCAGUAAACAGAUGGACUUGUUGCUGUUCUUCAGUUUGGAGAGCAUUAGGCAUGACUUCAAAAGCCCUGGCAGGGAUCAAAUUUCAGGCCCAAGCUUGGGAAUUUGUCUCUAUCACCGUGUGAUAGCUCAGUUUCAGACCCUCCUUCCAGAGGAAGAGACACUGAGAUUGCUGUGCUCAUCUGUUUCCACAGAGUUCCAGAUGAAGGUGUGUGCUUGUGGUACCACAACUGCCACAAGCCUCUCAAGCUUAGGACUGUUGCUGAUUCUUUGCCUUUUUUCUAAGUGGUACGUAUGGUCCUGCUAUGAAUAUUCUGCUCUUUCACUCCAGUGUCUUGACUACAGCAGUGGAGCCCUGACUGGUGACCUCUGUGAAGAUCUGUGUGUGGCACAGAAGCUGGUGUACAAACACUGCCUUUACUAUGACAGAGGUAAGAAGGUCAUCCAGGCUGACUGGAGAGGCCAGCCCAUCAUCCUGAAAUCCAAAAAGGAAAUGUUCUCCAGCUACCAGCAUCUCACUAUGCUAGAGGAGAUGGAAACACAGGAUAUUCCUGAAACUGAGCUUCUGCUGAUGGUAGCCUUGGAGGUCAAAAAUGUCCUGGGGCUAGAGCUGUCUAACAAUACCAUGGGGCCCCUGUGGACAAGGAAGAAGGGGCCACAUUGGAAAGCACAGGUGGCCAGCAUGUGGUCCUUGCUCCAGCAGGAAGAAUAUAUCUACUUCAGUUUGCUGCAGGACUUCAGUAAACACGUGCUACGAAUUAUUGGCACUUGUGGACACUUUUAUGCUGUGGAGUAUCUCACAGCUGGACAUGCCUGGCACAAAACUCUUUUUCCCUUGGAAAGCAUGGUCGGUCCCUCCCUUGCUGGCCACAGAAGCAGGGUGAGAGCCAUCGUUGACAUUGCACUCAGCUUUCUGGACAUGGUGCAGCAUUUUGAUAAUGAUUUCUCUCACCGACUUCACCUGUGUGACAUCAAACCAGAAAACUUUGCUAUCAGGCAUGAUCUCACGGUGGUGGCCAUUGAUGUGGAUAUGGCAUUUUUUGAACCCAAAAUGAGGGACAUCCUUGAACAGAACUGCACAGGAGACGAAGACUGUAAUUUUUUUGAUUGCUUUUCAAAAUGCAAUCUGAAAAUCAGAAAAUGUGGAGCACAGAGAGCCAAUAACAACUUGCAAGUAAUUUGUGACAAAAUAUUCCGUCGCUGGUUUUCCCCAAGUCUCAGAAGACCCUUGGUUUCUCUCCCCCUGCAGCUGCAGCUGCAGAAGGCUGUGCAGGAGUGUGCCCAGCCAGGGCACGGGGAGACUACCGGACACCAGAGGACUCUGAGAUCUCUCUCCGAGUUAUACCACCUGCUUCGGGUCACUCAGCGAGAGCUGCAAAGGGCAGAGUAGACACAAAAGGCAGAACUGCAGAGGCCACAUCCCAGCCACUGCUAAGGGAUGCUGUAUAUGAGGCAGACUGUGGAUUUUUUUCCUUUCUCUCCCACCCCUCCUACCCAUUGUAUUACAUUUACAGCACAGAGAUUGCUUUUCUCCUGUACAAAUGAAAUUCAUGGUUGCAGGUGCAGCACAUCCUGUUAAUAUCCUUCCGAGUGUGAAAUUGUUUUACAUUACCUGGAUUCUGUUCUUGCUUAUUUUCAUGAGCUAGUGCUAGCCCUCUCCAUCAGCAUUCAGCACAUCGUUUGCUUACCAAGAGCUGUAGUGGCUGCUCAGAUAGCAUCUGUCUGAGUGCAGUGCUCAGAGUGAGGGUGCAUUUACAGAAGAAAAAUGCAAGUGCAGCAAAACUAAUACAGUAAUUAAUAUUGGGUGUGGAUAAGUACAUGCAUGGUGUUUCUUUGAAUUUCUCUGUAGAAUGAGAUUUUCUUAAAGUAGGGACAGAGUGCUCUAUCUGAAAAAACAAUCUCAAAUAGGGAAACGCAUGGUCACAUGAAAGAAGAGUUGCUUUUGUACAAAGCAGUCCUUUCUGAUGGCCCCAAAUGCAUUUUCUCUGGUGUAUUGCACUACCUGUGCCAUAGCUAACUUUCUGGGGAGAAAUUAUAUUAAGGUACUUAGGACUUUUCUAGAGCAAAAUAAUUAUACUCUUGUGGAGUUCCCAUGUGGGCACUCAUAUCCCGCAGUAGAGAGGGAUGAAUAAUGCCACUGAAUUUUCCCAUGUGAACAAGCCCUCAGGCACUUGUACAUCAGAGCACUUGAUAAGAAGCACUCCUUUGCCAGAGAUCAGAAUUACCCAGGAAUGCCAACAAUCUGUCCUUUGCAUUGAACAGAAAAAUACACGAUCCAGAGUUUUCUCACACAGUAUUUUUUUAAUGAAUAAAAGGAAAUUUUUAAUAAGAAUUUAUUAUCUUUCAAUCAGUUGCAUAAAUAAAUAUCCCUAGAUUAACUUAAAAUCAUUAUCUUUGCCUUUCAAACGUGUAGCUGUGGCUGGAGGAUCUAACAUACAGGUUCAGAAGACAUUGCAUGUGUUUAGGCCCAGUGUUGGGCUUGUUUUGGCAUGAAGGCAUUAAAAAUUUCACAAACAGAAAAACCAACAGCCCGUGAGCCCUCAGCUCAGAAGGACUCUUCAAUAUUAAGACU